UUGGUCUUGAUCCUCUCAGUAACAGGAUUGUCAUGCAGUGUAUCUUGUGUGCAAGCGUUGGCACAACUUCACCAUGUUUUCUCCCGUUUGUUUGUAAACAAACAGCAAUGCUGGCUCCAAAGUGAAGUGUCCAAAAGUCUAAGUAUUUAAGAAAGUUCAAGUUUUACCCACAAAUUUCAAUCUUCAUGAGCAUUCUCCUCUUAUUUUCGGCUCUGCGAAGACGCUCUGUACUAACAUAAUCCAUAUUUGAGUGAUCGCGUGUAGUACCUUCAGUGAUCAGAUUGUCAGCUCAAGUUGCCUUUUCAUAAAUCAAAAUUUGUUUUUCUCCUCUAAUGAUCAACGGAUUUUCAAAAUAAUGGUGCAAAUAGAUAAGAAAAUUCAAAUCACGAUCAUUGCUUGCCGCUGACAUUAGUAGCAUCUUUCAUGUGAAAUGACUCAUCUGAUGACUCUAAAGCUCUCGAAGUUGAUAUGCGCUUUAAAUUCAGAAGACUAUUGACACCUGUCAUCGUGCUUCUAAAUCUUAGUCUCUUUUACGUGGUUUGGAAACCGAGCAGUCCUGCCGAUUACUCUUUUAUCAUCAGAGAAUUUGAACAGUUUGAACACGAUCUAGAAGCAACAAUAUCCUCGAUAGCUGUCAGUCACCCAUCUCGUAAAAUUUUCAUUAUAUCUGAUGAUAUUAUUUAUCCACCAAUCAGUUUGAAAAAUUGCAGCAGUAAUUGUGUUUUGGUAAAUAGAGCACCAGCUUUCCACAAAGACUUUGCAUCUCAAUAUCCACUGCAAGCAAUCGAUUCUGAAUUCAUAUUUCUAGUUCCAGACUCAACAGAAUUGCCUGAGCAUGGGAUCCUGGAAGAAAUGUUAGAGUAUCUUGAACGACGCAGUAUUGAUUUUUUAGCCCUAAGAUAUAAAAGCACUGAAGGCUCAGACUGUCUACAUGCAAAUGUCAAUAUUCGAGAAUGGUUCCUACAAUUAAGCUACCCAAAGCAGAAGAAUGUCUGCAACAUAUUACAUGGGAAACAUUUACUGCUAGCUAGGAAGACGGCUCUGAUGAAGUUAUCUGAUCCUUUCAUGCAACCUUUCCCGGAGGCUUUAUAUGUGCAGAUGUCUGCUUUAAACUUUACAAUAGUCAUGCAUCCCAAGCAUCAUGUAAUGGACGGAAAACCAUUGUUUACAAGUCAACAUAAUCAGUGGAAAAAGAACCAGCUUGAUCUGAAACGAAGGAUCGAAUUCUUCAAAACAAUGGGAAUCAAGAAAGUCAUUAAUGAGAAAGGUAACACUAAAUGGUAUGGCUGUCGUAAGGAUACUCCGCGGUGUUUUGGAACCGUUAUCGAAGAUAUGCCAUCUUAUCUUUUUGCUGGAAAAUGGACUCCACCUUGUUGCUUGGAUGCUCUCAGAAAAACUGCUCUGCAUGUUUUUCAUGAGUUGAAAAACUCUGGAGUCCGGUAUUGGUUGGAGGGAGGUAGUCUGCUUGGAGCGUUUCGUUCUGGCGAUAUUAUUCCAUGGGACUAUGAUGUAGACAUAGGAAUUUACUUAGAGGAUCUUCAUAGAAACAGUUGGUUAAGAAAUGCCGUCGAGAGACCAACAAUAGAUGAAAAAGGUUAUUUAUGGGAAAAAGCUGUUGAGGGAGAUUUUUAUCGCGUCCAAUACAGCUCUGUAAAUCACAUGCAUGUAGAUAUUUUUCCAUUUUACUCUAAAAAUGGUACCAUGACCAAAAAUUCUUGGUUUAAGAGCCAUGUCCAAGACAAAGAGUUCCCAGAAACAUUCCUGAAACCUUUGGCAUCCAUACCAUUUUUAGGUGAAGUAGUCUCUGCACCAAAUAAUAUAAGGGAAUUUCUAGCUUUCAAAUUUGGAGCCGAUGCUAUUAACAAGCCUGCUUAUCCCAAUCCUUCAAAAUUGGCUUUUCCCAAUACCUGAAGAUGAAGGAAAACUGGUUAACUUGAAUUAACUUUGGAUGAAACAUUUUCUUGCCGUUCAUAAUUGAUUAAUAAGUUAAUGCUAAAAGAGUCGCUGAUUAAUAUGUUUACUUAGUCAGCAGCUUGUCACCAUGUUCCAAAACCAACUAAUCAAAAGUAAUAUUAUUAAAUCUUCAAAUUCAUUCGAGAGAGAGAAAGACUUGGUUGUUUUAUAUUUUUGUCCUCCAUAAGGCACACUUUAUGCUCAAAAGUGUAUUUGAUGAAAACGUUAUCAGGUUGAUCAAAAGAAGCAGGAGUACAUAAAGUGCACUAAUGCACAAGCCUCUGUUAGUGGUAGUGUAAAGAAAUUGUUUAAUGAAAAUUCUUUUUGUUUGGUAAAAAUCCAAAAGGAACCGUAGAAUACACUGAUUUUUAAAUAUUUUGACCUUUUCGCUGAGUGAAGAAAUUUUUUGAAAAUGAGGACAUUUUCAGACUAAUGAGGAAAUUGCGACUAAUUUUUCCCCUUAAAGAACAUUUUAAUUCCGGAGAUCUCAACACACAUGCAAGAUUUCCAAAAAAAUGAUCUUUGUCAAAAAUUCAGUUUUUGAGUCAUGGAUGGAAAACAUACUCCAGAGUAUCUUGAAAAUCAAUCAUUAGUGGUUUAGUUCAUUUUUGUGCCAAUGGAGGACAUAAAGUUACAUUUAAAUCAACUAGUUUUUAGCUAUGAAAGAGACAGAUGAAAUAUUUUGUAAGCUUUUUUGCAAAACAAUCCUCCAGGUCUAAACUGCACAUGGUAAAGCUGAAUUCAUGGUCUGAUUGAACUUUUCUAGAUAUUUCUUGUUUCAAAAUGUUUAUCAAAUAGAUCCAUCCAACAGUAUCAAUUUGUCAUUUGUUUUUUUUUUUUUGGCAUCGAGGUCACUUUUUAAAAGUAUGGUGUAUCAGUGGCCAAAGUGGGAGAUCAUGAUUCUCUGUUUGCGACGUUGCAGACUUCCUGUCACACUUAGUUUUUUCUCAAGAAAACUAGCCGUUGUAAUUUAUUGAAAACUCUCUUGAUUUUUCUUUUCUAUCAGCAGAAAAUUAUUCUGUAUAAAUACUAAGCUAUGAAGUUGGCUCGUUUCUCUCUAAAAAAUAAAUCUUAAGCAGACAUUUUAAAACAUUGUAAUGAAAGUAAGUGGUUUUGCAGUUUGGCACUAAUGAGAGUCUUAAGAAAAAUAGCCAUAUCUACAUUGCAGUGUUUCAAAAUCUCAUCACCUUUUUUAAUAUUUGGAAGGAAACCAAUCAAUAUCCCCUCUCAAAAAUUGUUGCGAUUUUUUUUGCCCAUACGAAAGUUACUUCAACUAAAUUUUAAGCUAAAAUUUUGGUUGAUUCCCUCCCAAGAAAUUAAAGUAGAAGAUGAGAUUUGGAAACCCCAGAAUAUAGAUGUUUUUGCUAUUUUGCUUAACUUCAUCCAAAUAUGACUCUUUUAUAAUCAAAUUUUUUUCCUCAUCGUUGAUUUAUUUUUCACUGUGGAUGUAAUUUAUGUAUAGAAUGAAAUUGAAAUACUCACGUAAAACAUUAAAAUACUCUUUAUUCACCUAACUUCAUUGUUAUCACAUCAAUUUUACAGUGGACUUGGUAACCGUCUGUACUUAUAAAUAUUUUAAGCUGACUUCUUCUCAUUGCAGAAUUCAUAUUAUGGUACUUAUGAGAGAAAAAUUUAUUUUGAUAGACUGCGAGCAAUCAUUUUAACUUUAGGACUGGUAACUCAAAUGUAUUGCCUGUAGAAGUUGUUGACAUUUGUUUGAUUUACGUGAACACCUUCAUUCACAGUCUCUAGGUUCGAAUCCCAAUUUUGUGAGUCGCAGUUUUAAAUUCCAUGCAUCUGAAAAAGUGUAUGCACUACAGAUUGGUGAAAUUGUGAAUCCUUGUCCAACGUCAUGUCCUGGAGAUAAUCAUUAAAUUAGAAAAAGGUAGAAAUACCGAUUUAGGGUCCUCAGCCCUGAAACGUCUGAGCAGCGGCGUACAUAUGCUCUUGGGCUCAACAUAAAUCUCUCUGUGCCUUGUGUCAUGGCUCAUCUCCACAUAAUUGUGCUUUGUCUGGGAAAAUUAUCCUCACAGAGACUGAUAGUUAAUUUUCAACUUUCAAAAAGAUUAUUAGAAUAGAUUAGGUAUGUAACUUGAAAUUAUAUAUUCAAAGAACUUUUCAGAAUACGAAGAAAAGGAGUAGCAGACAGGUUCUCGCCAUAAGUAUUAAAAAAAAGUAGAUUCUUACACGAUCCAAA